AUGGCGUCCGUAGGCGGCGGCGGCGGAGCCGCGGUGGAGUGGCACCAGCGGCCACCAAACCCUAAAAACCCGAUCGUGUUCUUCGACAUAACCAUCGGCAAUAUACCUGCUGGCCGUAUCAAGAUGGAGCUCUUUGCCGAUAUUGCUCCUAAAACCGCUGAAAAUUUCAGGCAAUUCUGCACUGGGGAAUACAGAAAAGCUGGACUACCUGUUGGUUACAAGGGGUGCCAGUUCCACAGAGUAAUUAAGGAUUUUAUGAUUCAAGCUGGUGACUUUCUAAAGGGUGAUGGCAGUGGGUGUGUGUCCAUAUAUGGAAGUAAAUUUGAUGAUGAAAAUUUUACAGCAAAGCACACAGGUCCUGGUCUACUAUCAAUGGCAAAUAGUGGUGCUAAUUCUAAUGGCUGUCAGUUUUUCAUUACAUGUGCCAAGUGUGACUGGCUCGACAACAAACAUGUGGUGUUUGGGCGAGUUCUGGGAGACGGUCUUUUGAUCGUGAGGAAGAUAGAGAAUGUUGCCACUGGGCCCAACAACCGGCCUAAACUGGCAUGCGUUAUUGCCGAGUGUGGAGAAAUGUAA